ACCUCAGUCGAGCGCGCUGCGAACAAACGAUUCAACAUUGCGGUGUAUGAGCUCAAACGCGGAACAAAAGACAUCCUCAUAAAACAGGGAAUGGUGGGAGAAGCGUUGUGAAAUGUAUAGAACGCAUUAACAAAGGCGAAUAAUUAUUUGGUUUAUUUGAUUUAAAGGGUUGUGUCUUGUGUGUUGCCAAAUCUGCGGGACGCGCGUUGCUCCCCAUCAAAGCCAACUACAGGGGAGGGACAUAGCAGAUUUAUCGACUUCACCGCACUGAUUGAAGGGGAGGGGGUCCGUAGACCGAAAUUGAUGGUAGUGGGCUACUGAGAAAGACGAGCUACUCCUGUUAAUAAUAAAGGCAAAAUACACCUUUCAGUCGAAUACAGCUGAGUUGGUGAAACGGGCCGGUGGUGAAACAUGGAAAUGUCUGAGGGGCUGUCACAGCAGGAGAGAAUCCAGGCUAUAGCGGAGAAGAGGAAGAGGCAGAUAGAGGUCGAGAACAAAAAGAGGCAGCUGGAAGAUGACAGGAGACAGCUUUCACAUCUCAAGCAAAAGUCCCUGAGGGAAAAAUGGUUGCUAGACGGAGCUGCUGGGUCGGAGCAGGACGAGGCCAAGAAACAGUUGGCGGAGGACGAGACCAAGCUCAAGGGGAUGGAGGAGAGCAUCAUUAGACUGGAGCAGGAACUGGAGGAGCUGGAGACGGGCGUGUCGGUGACCUCCACCAAAGAGAGUCUGACAGAUGCAGCCAAGGUGGAAGAAGCCAAGACCGCCGACAACAAAGCUCCUGCAGGCACUGUUCAAGAGGUCAAGGAAGUGCUCAAAGUGCACAACAGCCCUCGUCUGGACAUGUCCGGAGGUGCAUCAGAUAUAAUGAGAACAGCAAUGUACUCAGUAGAGAUCACCGUUGAGAGGGACAAUGUCACGGGCGAGACUAAGGUGUUGUCCACCAACACCCUACUGCCCAUUAACCUCUCUGGGCAAGGGGUCAAGGUGUAUGAGGAUUACCAGAAAGUGGUACACGAGGUGAACGGGGAGAACGGGGUCCACCAGCUCAGCGCCAACGAGGUGGACGAGCUCAUCCUCAAAGCUGAUGAGUCCAUGAUGAGCGACGCCACCACCGCUGGCGCCACCUACACCACCCCUGUCUUCCCCACCAAUGCUGAGUUGGCUGCCGAGCAGCAGACGACACCCAAGAAGGAGAUCACAGGCAUGGAGGCCAAGGCAGGUGGCGCUAGUCCCCAGCCAGGUGGAGGCGAGAUGGAGGCCAGCGCCGAGAACCCCGUCACUAUGGUGUUCAUGGGCUACCAGAGUGUGCAGGACGAGACAGAGACCAACAAGGUGCUGGGCCUGGAGGGUACCGUCAAGGCCCAGCUGGUGGUCAUUGAGGACGGCGAGGGCAAGAAUGUGACGGUUGGGCCCACUCCAGCCACCGUGACCGUCACCGAGGGAGGCGCCAAGGAAGAGCAGUCUCCCCCACCCAACGGCAGCGCCGCUGACCCCGCCAAGACCCCCCAGGAGACAUCCUCCACAAAGGAGAAAGGGGGUGAGCCAGAGGGGGGUACCACUGAGUUAAACAACAAGGAGAAGCAGCCUUGCAAGUGCUGCACCAUCAUGUGAGCAACUGUUUGUUGUGUGGCUGAAUUCCCCCCGGAACUUGACUUUUCAAGGAGAAAUGACAAACCAACAACAACCAUAAGGUCAUGACAACCAACAAACCCCUCCCCCCCACCCUGAAAAAAAGGAAUACAUGUUCUUUAUCUUCUGAUAGCCGGCUGUUGUUUCCCAACUUCGUUUGAAGUAUUUCAUUAUCAUGUCAUCGUCUCCUUUCCUUCUUUUGACCUUUUUUAUUAUUUCAGGUUUCGUUGUGCGACAGGAGGAGCAAUCCCUACCUCCUCACACUUUGAGAUUUCUGAGGGAGAGAGGAGAUAGAAAAGGAAGAAUAGAAAGAGAGAAAGAAAGAGGAAUGUUUUUUUUUACUCACCCAGCAUUGUCCAACAAGCAUUUGUUUUAAAUGACAUCUCUUAUACACCACCAUGAAUUGUGUAAUCUUAACUUUCUGUAUGAUGGACAGAUAUAUCUCUCUAUGUAUCUCUAUAUAUAUACAUUGUUUAUUUUAAAGAUAUAUUUAUUUGACUUUUUAUUUUUUUUAAAUGCCCUCUGGAAAGUGUUUUUGACAGAAGCAUGGUAUUCAUUGUUUUUUUCUGUCCUGUGCUAGAGCAUUUUAGAUAAAAACGGGGACAUGAUGGAAUAUUUAUGUUAGAAAAUUCUGAUUUUGAUUUCCAGAAAAAAGAAAAAAAAGUAACUUUGGAAUGUCUGAGACAGACACAACACUGAUAUAUGGGAUGUCUGUGACAAACACAACACUGAUAUAUGGGAUGUCUGUGACAAACACAACAUUGAUAUAAGGGAUGUCUGAGACAGACACAACACUGAUAUUUAGAAGUGACAUGCAAUGAGACGUCAGUGAUAUUGAUGACAUCGAAGUACUGUGUGCGUGUGUGUAUGAGCAUGCAUGAGUGUGUGUGUUUUGGUUUAAAAUGACCUCAUUGGUCCUUAUAUCAUCCUACACUACACUACCCACAAUCCCCAUCACCUAUUUUCUUUCUGGAAGAAAAAACAAUCCAUGCAAUUUUUUUGUGAUUUCCCUGCAACCAAAUCAGCUACACUACUUCGACAACACUAGUAAUGAAUUGAAUAACAUGUGUGGAGGUCAUUCAUACCGAAGCUUGAGACUGAUGAAAUGAAUGCCCAUCUGUAAGGCUUGAUGUUUGUGUGAUUCGCCCCCACUUAACUACAUUAUCCAGAAUACCACUGCCCCUUUAAUAUAAAUAAUGUUGCUUACAGCUGCCUUUGUGAUAACACUAACUACUUUUCAUUAACUCAUUGACAUAAUCCUGGCUCCUGAUGUUAUGACCUGGGUUUUUAAAUAAUGGUCGGCGUGGACAGGCUAUUCCAAUGUCCCGAAGAUGUUCAGCUGGAUAUUAACUACUGUGGAAUUGGUGCAUGGAGCAUAAUCUGUUUUAAAUAGCAGUGCAUAUCCUACCAAACUGUGUUGCAAAUACCGCAAAAAUUUGCUCCAUUCAGACAUUAAGGAAGAGUGACAUUUGAAUGGGGGUCGGGGGUCAUAUAUUUCCCUCAGUCUGUGUGGGAGGAGAUUCAUUAUAAGAGUAUUUGGUUUUCUGUUUUCCUGUUUGAACUCUACUGUCAGGCCUUGGUUUUGUCAUUUGUCAAUGAAACCAAAGAAAACAGUUCAAAUAGGCCUAUUUUUCAUUGUGUAUCUAUCACAGGAGGUUGGUGGCAUCUUAGUUGGAGAGGACGGGCUUGUGGUAAUGCCUGGAGCGGAAUCAGUGGAAUGGUAUCAAAUACACCACACACGUGGUUUCCAUGUGUUUGAUACCAUUCCAUUUGCUCGGUCCCAGACAUUAUUAUGAGCUGUCCUCCACUCUGCAACCUCACUGGUAUCUAUCGACAUGUGAGGCAAAAAGCAGGGAAUUUCAACUUCAACAUUCCAAGAAGUUUUCAGAAUCCUUUCCUACCCUCCUCUGAGUGGUCAAUUUUGCUCCAAAUUUUGUGUUUUUUUCAGAGAACAAUAGAUGUUUUUGCAGUGUGGCUACAUUUGAACAGCUGUGUUUUACUUUCCCUUGGCUUGUGUGUUUGUUAGCUGCAGCUAUAGCAUUCUUUACAUCUUACUUAUUUCUGCCAUUUUGGAGCCAAAUUUCCAGCUAAGCUGAGGGUCAUGUUAUCAUUGUCCAGUGUAUUUUUCCCAGUGGUGAGUUGAGUCAGUUUAGUUGGAUUAGGUAAACUAGGAGUCAGAACUCAGUGACACGCUCAUAUGUAACCGUGGUCCAAGUGUUAUUAUUCGCAUCCGAAAUAAAACAAACAUUUUGUUUUCAAAGAUGGUCUGCAUUAUCUUGAAGUGAGUCCAAGAAGUGAGCCAGAGGUUUGCCAGCUUUGCAUCAUGUUUGCCUAUUCCUCUUUUAAUAUUGUUCCAUGUGUAUUUAUACCUUUCCAUUGAUAUUUAUAGAGCUCUAUAUGUUAUUUAAAGGGUUAAUGUCUUUGUGAGGGUUCAAAUCAAGAACAUGAUGGAGAAUAGAUAAAAAAUAACCAGGUCUGAUAAGCCUUGUCAAAAUGAUGCUGGAGAAUCCAUUGCACUGGUUAGAGCGUUGGACUAGUAACUGAAAGGUUGCAAGUUCAUAUCCCCGAGCUGAUAAGGUACAAAUCUGUCAUUCUGCCCCUGAAAAGGCAGUUAACCCACUGUUCCUAGGCCAUUAUUGAAAAUAAGAAUUUGUUCUUAACUGACUUGCCUAGUUAAAUAAAGGUUAAAAAAAAUGAUCAUGUAAAAUAUAUUAUGAAAUAAUAUUCUUUGCCAAUCCCCUUCAAUCCCACUUCCUCAUGCGCAUUCAAAGGGACAGGGCAAUCAUUGAUAGGCUGACACAUCCUCCAAUAUGCUGCUCAGCAUCCUGCAAGGAGCAUAAAAAGCUGACACAGUGAAAUGUGCGUUACUCUAUAGGAGUUGUCCCAACCUUUCUCGGUUACUGUACCACCAACUGAAUUUUGUUCUGCCCAGAGUACCCCUGCAGUACCCCCUCAUGUGCAUUUUACCAGUAGGCCUAUGGUCGCAUGAGUCUUCUCAAGUAUCCUCCGUGGAUAGGCCAAGUGGUCCUAGUACCGGUCCUAUCACUGCUCUAUAGGACAGUCACACUAUCUGUAAUGUUCGUCUAGAAUACUUUCGAUAAAAAACACUGACUUCGAAUUCGCUUAGGCAUUGCUGAUGACCAGUCCUUGUCAAAUAAUAUUCCCACACUGCUGGAUCCAAAUCUAUGCAAGAACUCCCAUUCAUGAAAGCUGCCAACGUUAGCAUCAGCAAAAUCAUCAUAAAGCUAUAGCAUUGAGGACAAGCAGCAGCACUGAUAAGAGUUCGUCAGUAUAUCACAAAGGCCAAGCAUUGAACCAUGCCCAUGCCCAACUAUGUGUUCUGUUUUUAAAGUUUUUCUUUUAGGAUAACAUGCAACAGUCAUCUCAAAACUGAAAAACAUGAACAGUCAUACAUCUCUUUGUUCUAACACAAAAUACUGUACAAAUGCACUUACUGUAGGGUGGUCAAACUGAAAGCCAUAGUGUUCUUGGUGGAAGAAAUCGUCCAUACCAUUAGAGUCAGAGAGAACAUUGGUGACCAUAACCUAAUCAGCCUUCAUAACACCUUCAUAACAUUUCUUUAGAGGAAAGAAUUACAUGGCACUUUGAGAGGGACUUGGAAAUCAACGACACAGUGUUUAAUUUUCUGUUCUAUUCACACCGUUCAUUUUGCUGCCUUCAACAACUUUGAGGUUCAAGGUUAACGAACAUCAAUGUCAAUGAAGGAUAAUGAAUGCCAAUUAUGUUCUUAUGAAGGGUAAUGAUUGCGUGGACAUCUCCACUAAAGUGCUGAUCCAUCCUACUGAGCUGUGGGUGGAAUUUACUCUUAACCACUGAUGCAGGGUCAGAUUUGAUUUUAUCCCUAAUGGCUAAGGUUAGGAUUGGGAGCUAGGUAAUCUGAUCCUAGAACUGUGGUGAAAGGUGACUUCUGCCUCAAGCUCGUUUUGAAUACCCAAUACUUCUCCUUCCUCGGUCCCUCUGUCUUGCUGAGCUUGGUGUAGCAGCAGAGGCUUGUCGCCCCUGGCAACCACUGUCUGCACUGCCAGCGCCAUGGUUACCUCAUGACUCUUGCUCUGCAACAGCACCCCCCUGUUGGUUCUUAUCAAUAUUUACAUUCCAUUUCCGACUUCUCUCUCUCUCUCUACACACCCCCAAUGCCUUGUAGUCUGGCCCCUGGUCAGGCAUAUUUUUUGUAAAUGUAUAUAUAUAAGUAUCUACAUAUAAAUGUCUGUCGCUCUCUCAUCCUCUUGUGUAGACUCCUAGAUCUUUGUGCUCAUGGCAGUCAGUCAGUGAAGGGCCCAGGUAAUAGAGUGGGUGUCAACACAUUGCUGCUCUUCUUAUGCUUUGUAGUUGCCAAGGUCUGCUUUCUCACAAACUGGAAAAUGCUGUAGAGGAAACGCCAAAUAAAAAUGUGACGUGCUUCAAUGA